UUCCGUUUCCGAGUACUUUGAAUCCGUUGAAAAUUCCAAGAAGACUUAACGCUCUGAUCAUGCGUAUGUCGUGCAAGGUCUUAGACCUUAUGUCGCAUACGAUUAUUACCGGGUCCUUGGGUCCUUAGGUUCUUGGAUCGGAAUUUAGAAUUACGAGUUAAGGAACGCUUAACCGUACGGACCACGCUCCUAGGCAGGGGUGACGCAGCCUACUCAACACUGGACAGAGGAGGAGCGCGUGAGGGUUUGCCAACAUUUAUCCGGAGUGAUAAAUCAUGUUCGCCUUCUACUAAUCGACAGCCAGGUCUUUGCGGAGGAAGUAGAACCAACCGGAGCAGUGCCUAUAGAGCUUUCCUUGGAGAGGUACGAAUUUUUCAAUCCCGAUCGAUCAAGUGGCUCAAAACCCAUAAGGUAUGGUUUGCCCGGAAGCUUUUUAUUCUCGGAGGCUUUCGAUUUUUACGUUUUGUCUUAGGUAUAGGUAUGCAGCGCUACCAAACAAAUAUGCAGAAAUUUGUGCAGAUAAGCGGUUACAGCCAAGAGUUAGUCCAUUUCUGUUUCCGGGGUCACAAAUUCUAUCGCGAGAUAAGAUGGGUUUCCAACGUCUUCUCAAUCAGUGGUAUGGAUCUCCAAAACAAAGUUGGCGUCUAGUAUAUCGAGCUUCUAAUCAUGAUUAUUCUGCAUCAUCAUUUCACCGACAUUGUGAUGGAGUUUGUCCAACAUAUGUAAUUGCAUUGGGAACUCGAGGAGAAAUUUGUGGAGGCUUCAGUGAUGCGCCAUGGGGUAAAACAAAUGCCAAGGGUCAUUAUAUUUUUUCAGAAAAAGCUUUCUUAUUCACUUUAACAAAUAACCAAGAUGUACCUCCAACGAAAUAUGAUAUUGUUAAAAAGCCUUUUGCGCUUUGUUAUCAUCCAGAUAUCGGACCAAUUUUUGGAGCAGGUGCUGAUUUACUAAUUUCUAGUAAUUGUAACGUAAAUAAGGAGAGCUACAGUAAUCUUCCUCACAGCUACGAUGGCGAACAUGCCUCUAAUACUGUACUUAUGGGAGACUAUCAUUUUUUUGUAGUAGAUUAUGAAGUUUUUACUCCCAGUCAUUCAGUUUCCAAAUCUACUCAUUAACAGUAUAUAAGUAUUCUUUUUAUAAGCUUGUACAUACAUUAUUGCAUUUUUUAAAAAAAUAAUAAGCUUCACAUAAUACCACGAGUAUAAUAUAAAA